CGGUCGGGCCUGGGCGCCAGCGCUGCUUCCCAGGCCGCCCGUGGCGGGCCCGCACCUGCGCAGUUGACCAGACCGCUCCGACCGGGAUGGCGGCCGUUUUGGAGUCCCUCUUGCGAGAGGAGGUGUCGGUCGCAGCCACCGUGCGGUGGAUCGCGCGCAGCACCCCGAGUUCGGAGGAUGACCCCGGGGAGGCUGCCACGUUCAGCUCGCUCCUGCCACUGCGGAAGGAAUUUGUGCCGUUUCUGCUUAACUUCCUGCGGGAGCAGAGCAGCCGCGUCCUCCCGCAGGGCCCCCCAACCCCCGCAAAGACCCCAGGCGCCUCGGCAGUCCUUCCGGGAAGGCCGGGGGGCCCGCCGAGGAGCAGCCGCGGGGCGCGCAGCCAGCUCUUCCCUCCGACCGAGUUCCCGGGCGCCGCCGAGGCCCCCCUGGCCCGCCGCGGGGGCAGGAGGCGCGGCCUGGGGCCGCCCCGAGAGCGCGGAGCCCGGGGCUCUGGGGGCCCAGAAGAGGUGAUUGGCGGGGAGAGCGUGACCUGGGCCGGGGCCCGGAGGCCUCGGGGCAGCUCCAGCCUCGGGGUCUCCGAUCCCCCAAACCUCAGCAACUUGGAGGAGUUCCCUCCCGUGGGCGCCGUCCCCUCCGGUCCUGCAGGGACGAAGCCUUCUCGCAGGAUCAAUCCGACUCCCGUGAGUGAAGAACGGUCACUGUCCAAGCCAAAAACCUGUUUCACCUCACCCCCAAUCAGCAGCGUCCCCAGUUCCCAGCCCUCAGCCCAGGACACUAGCCCGUGGGGCCUUGGCCUUCGGCCAGGAUGCCGAAGUCUGCAGGAGGAGCGAGAGAUGCUUAGGAGAGAGCGCUCAAAGCAGCUGCAGCAGUCAUCGACCCCUGCCCACCCCAUUCCCGAAUCAGGGUCACUCCUGCCUAAUCGCACAGGAAGCCUCACAGCCGAAUCCGCUGACCCUGCCAGAGUGUCUUCCUGUCACCGCUUGAAGCUAGUAGCCCUUGUCUACUCCUCCUGUAUUGCUGAAAAUCUAGUACCAAAUCUCUUCUUGGAGCUUUUCUUCGUCCUUCAACUCCUAACUGCUCGCAGGAUGGUGGCUGCCAAGUAUGAUGACCUUGAGUCAAGUCCGGGCGCCCUGGAUUCCUUGGAAAGGCCUCUGUUCCAGAGUGUUCACGACUGUGUCUUCUUUGCAGUACAGGUUUUGGAGCACCAGUUUCAGGUUCUUUCCUACCUGGAUAAAGGGACAUUGAAGCUGUUGGCUGAGAAUGAGCGACUUCUGUGUUUCUCACCAGCCCUGCAAGGGCGCCUCCGAGCUGCGUAUGAGGGCAGUGCUGCCAAGGUCUCUCUGGUGAUGCCACCCUCUGCUCAAGCUGUCUCCUUCCAGCCAGAAACUGACAAUCGUGCAAACUUCUCCAGUGACCGAGCUUUCCAUACCUUUAAAAAACAAAGGGACGUGUUUUAUGAGGUGCUUCGAGAGUGGGAAGAUCACCAUGAGGAGCCAGGCUGGGACUUUGAGAAGGGCUUGGGUAGCAGGAUCAGAGCCAUGAUGAGUCAGCUCUCCGCGGCCUGCAGCCACAGUCACUUUGUUCGGCUCUUCCAAAAACAGCUUCUCCAGAUGUGCCAGAGCCCCUGUGGGGCCGGGGGCACUGUCCUGGGUGAAGCUCCAGAUGUGUUGAGCAUGGUGGGAGCCGACAAGCUGGGGCGGCUGCGGCGCCUCCAGGAGCGGCUUGUGGCCCCUCAAAGCAGUGGGGGGCCUUGUCCACCCCCCACCUUCCCAGGCUGCCAAGGCUUCUUCAAGGACUUCAUCUUGAGUGCUAGCAGCUUCCAGUUUAAUCAACAUCUCAUGGAUAGUCUGAGCUUGAAAAUCCGGGAACUCAAUAGCCAGGCUCUGCCUCAGCAUGAGCCCAGUGAGGACGGGGAGUCAGAUGUGGACUGGCAGGGUGAGCGGAGGCAGUUUGCUGUGGUGUUGCUUAGCCUGAGGCUUCUGGCUAAAUUCCUAGGCUUUGUGGCCUUUCUGCCGUACCGGGGGCCUGAGCCACCCCCGACCCGUGAACUUCAGGACUCCAUUUUGGCCCUCAGGAGCCAGGUCCCUCCAGUCCUGGACGUGCUAACUCUGCUGCAGCAGGGGCUGGGGGCCCGCCGAGCAGUGCUCACCGUGCCCUGGCUGGUGGAGUUCCUUUCUUUUGCCGACCACAUUGUUCCCUUACUGGACUAUUACCGGAGCACCUUUACUCUCCUGUUACACUUACAUCGGAGCUUGGUCUUAUCAAAGGAGAGUAAAGGGGAGAUGUGUUUCCUGAACAAGCUGCUGCUGCUUGCUGUCUUGGGCUGGCUUUUUCAGAUUCCUACAGUCCCUGAGGACUUGUUCUUUCUGGAAGAGGGUCAAGCAGAUGCCAUUGAAGUGGACACUGUAGUUUCAGAGCAUGGCUUGGACGGUAUGCCUGUAGUGGACCAACAACUGCUCUACACCUGUUGCCCCUAUAUCGGAGAGCUCCGGAAACUGCUUGCAUCAUGGGUAUCAGGAAGCAGCACACGGAGUGGGGGCUUCGUGAGGAAAAUCACUCCCACUACAACCACCAGCCUGGGAGCCCAGCCCCCCCAAACAACACAGGGGCUGCAGGCAAAGCUUGCUGAGGCCUUUUUCCACAACCAGCCUCCCUCCCUGCGUAGAACUGUGGAAUUUGUGGCAGAGAGAAUUGGAUCCAACUGUGUCAAGCACAUCAAGGCCACAUUGGUGGCAGAUCUGGUGAACCAGGCAGAGUCACUUCUCCAGGAGCAGCUGGUGAUGCAGCACCGGGGAGGGGGAGAUUCGGCCCAGCUGCUGGAAAUUCUGUGUUCCAAGCUGUGUCCCCACGGGGCCCAGGCAUUGGCCCAGGGACGAGAGUUCUGCCAGAAGAAGAGUCCUGAGGCUGUGCGAGCACUGCUUCCCGAGGAGACCCCAGCAGCGGUGCUGGCCAGUGCAGAGACCAUUGCAGUGGGACUUGCAACAGAGAAAGCCUGUACUUGGUUAUCAGCCAACAUUACAGCGCUCAUCAGGAGGGAGGUGAAGGCGGCAGUGAGUCGCAACCUUCGAGGCCAAGGUCCUGAGCCAGCUGCCCGGGGGGAGCGGAGGGGCUGCCCCCGUGCCUGUGAGCACCACGCUCCCCUCCCCUCCCACCUCAUCUCCGAGAUCAAAGAUGUGCUAGCUCUUGCUGUGGGGCCCCGAGAUCCUGAGGAGGGUGUGACCCCAGAACAGCUGGAGCGGCUCCUGGGCCAUUUGGGUCAGACACUGCGCUGCCGCCAGUUCCUGUGCCCGCCUGCCGAGCAGCAUCUGGCAAAGUGCUCCGUGGAGCUGGCGUCCCUCCUUGUUGCAGACCAAAUCCCUGUCCUAGGGCCCCCGGCACAGCACAGGCUGGAGCGAGGGCAGGCGCGGAGGCUCCUGCAUGUGCUGCUUUCCUUGUGGAAGGAGGAUUUUCAGGUGCCUGUUCCACUGCAGCUGCUGCUCAGGCCUAGAAACGUGGGACUUCUGGCGGACACUCGGCCCAGAGAGUGGGAUCUGCUGCUUUUCUUGCUCCAGGAGUUGGUUGAGAGUGGUCUGAUGGAACGGACCGAGAUAGGAGCCUGCCUGGACAGCCUCCAUGAGGCCCAGUGGCCAGCGGACUUCUCUAAAGAAUUAGCAGCUCUGGUCAGCCUAUUUCUAGCUGAGCCUCACAUGCCAGAACCACAUCUAAGAACUUGUGAGUUAGUCCAACCAAAUCGAGGGGCUGUGCUAGCCCAGAGCUAG